GCGCUGCGUUCUGCAUUCAAAAAUUGAAAUUUCAAAAAAGUGUGGAAAAACGAUCGAACGAACGAAAGAACGGCAUUUUUGGCUGGUAAAGCCGAUUUAACUUUCAAAAAUUAUAAACUUUCAAUCAAUAAUUUCAACCAAAAAUCUGCGCCGCACUAAAUUAAAAAUAUUAAAUUUCCAAUGAAAAUCAUUUGAACGAAAUUGUGAUCGUUUUUCUUGUUGUUUUUCGUGUUAAGAUUUUGUUUUAUUUCUUUAAAGAAAAAAUGUUUGAAUGUUUUUGAGAUUUGUGGUUUUUGUGAUAAAGUUUACGAGCAAAAAACUAGCUGAUUAACUAAGCAUCAGAUUUGUUUUUUUUUUUAUUUAAAAAAAUACUGCAUUUUUGUCAAAAGCUAGCGUUUUACUAUAAACUUGUGUAGACCUAAAGUUUGGCAAAUACAUCACAAUAUGGCUUCAAAACAAGCAAAAAAUCUUACAAACAAAUCAAAUCUCUUGCCACUUGCAAGAAAAGGAAUAACAAAAAGGUCACAAAACAUUCAAGGCCUGAAUGGAGAACCUAUUAUAACGCGCAAACGAAAAGCCGAAAACAGUCCAUUGAAAAAUGACAAGAUUAAACGGACAGCAUUAGGUAAUUUAACAAACAAUGUCAACGCGCUGCACUUGGAUAAUGAUGUCAAAAAAGUCAUAGCUAAAGUCCAAAAUGAUGCUCAAAAGAAAGCCACAGCAGCCAUUAAGAAGGACAAUGGUGCUACGACGAUAGUAUUGCGGCCAACGAAAGUGUGCACCCGUGCAAACACCCGUAAUGCAAUUGCACAAAUUGUUGAAGAUCAAAAGGCUGCCACAGUAGUUAAGAAAAAAGAUGAUUUUGAAGUUAUCAAACCACCGACAAGGCGUAUCUCAAAUGAAUUUAAUAAGACUGAAGAAAGCCUGUAUAUGUCUGCGCUGGAAGACAUUUCGGGCACAGAUUCAGCGCGUUCGUCUGAAAUUUUUGAAUCCAAACGGCGUUCGUUGUCGCAAGGCCUUCAAAAGAAAGAGAUCAAGGAAGAAAUUUUAAUGGAAUUGGAGAACGAAAACAGAAUUUCGACACCGUCUCCAUUGAAGAACCAUCCAGCUGAAAUACCUGACGAAGUCGUAGAUUUCGACAAAGCUAACUGGAACGAUCCCUUCCAGGUGUCUCACUAUGCCAUGGAUAUUUUUAACUAUCUUAAAACGAGAGAGGUUGAAUUUGUUAUUGUGGACUAUAUGCCUAAGCAGGCUCAUUUAUCGAAAUGGAUGCGCUCUUUGCUUGUCGAUUGGAUGGUAGAAGUACAAGAGACUUUUGAACUAAAUCAUGAAACACUAUACUUGGCCGUGAAGGUUGUUGAUAUUUUCUUGGGCAAACAAAUUAUACACAAAGAAAAACUGCAACUCCUCGGAGCUUCAGCUUUAUUUAUUGCAAGCAAAUAUGAUGAACGAACGCCUCCAUUGAUUGAAGAUUUCUUGUACAUAUGCGACGGAGCGUACAGUCAUGACGAAUUGAUUAAAAUGGAAAAGACUACACUAAAGACUAUUAAUUAUGAUUUGGGAAUUCCAUUAUCAUAUAGAUUUCUAAGAAGAUACGCUAGAUGCGCCAAAGUUCCAAUGCCAACUCUGACCUUGGCUAGAUAUAUUUUAGAGUUCUCUCUUAUGGAUUAUGAAACCAUAUUUUUUAGCGAUUCCAAAAUGGCUUGCGCUGCACUAAUGAUUGCAUUAAGAAUGAAUGGAGAAGUGGAUGCGUGGACAAAGACUUUGGUUCAUUAUACCGGUUACACACUAGAAGACUUUAAACACAUUAUUCCAGUUCUUAAUGCUGGUCUCCACCGGAAACCUAAAGAUACAAUUAAAACAAUAAGAAGUAAAUACUCCCAUAAGAUAUUCCACGAAGUUGCCAAAUGUCCGCUUUUGAGUACGGCAAAAAUCUUGGAAAAUCCUGACACAAGCAUGACGCUAGAAGACAAAGAAAAUUAAAUUCGUUACCAAUGUGCAGCAAAAAAGACAUUGCAAAAAUAUUUGCCAUUCCAAAAAAAAAGAAGAAAAAAACAAACAAAAACUUAUUUGCGAUUGGUGUAUUUUCUGAACUGUUUAUUUUAUUUUAUUUUUGUUUUUAUAUCCAGUUGUCUAUUUUGUAUUUAUAACUUAAAAACAACAGCAAACAAAAAAUGGCGAUAACUUAUUUGCGAUUGAUGUAUUUUCUGAACUGUUUAUUUUCUUUUUUUUAUUUCUUUUGUUUUUAUAUCCUGUUGUCUAUUUUUUAUUUAUAAUUCGUAUUCGUCGCAAAUAUACAUACAUAAAGCACAAAAAUAUUAAACAUUAAUCGCAUGACGAGUAGUGCCCUCUUGAGGUUUAAAACUGCACUCACAAACAUUGUCAUUGUCAUAACUUAAUACGUUGUCAAAGAAUUAUCAUAGUUUUUAGAAUAAUAAAUUAAUAUUAAUAAAUUAAAAUUAAACAAAACGAGGUUUAGUUUCGCCUUGUAGCAAACAAAAUACAUACUUCCAACAAGA